AUGGCAGAAACUAACGGCUCUCUGAACCAAACUCUUCAACAAAACCCUAGUAUACAAUCUCUGUUUCAAGCCCUUGAUCCUAUCUCUCUAAUUCUCUCGCAAAAUUCAGCAGAUUCUGAUCAACCGGUGCCUUUAAAACUGACCACAGAGAGUUAUAUCAUGGAAAGAGGACCAAGGUAUGGAGCAUAUGCAGAGUUAAGAGAGACAAAGCUAAAAAUGAAGAUGUUAAGGCAACAAGAAUAUGAAGAGGCUGAUUUUAAACAAAUCCCACCGAAGAAACAAGUUAAGUUUCAAGAAAAUUUACGGAGUUCGAGAAAAGGGCCUUCUAUUUUGGCUCAAUCAGUGCCUGAUUUCUCUGCUACUUUGAGGAAAGAAAAUCGGAAGCCACGGCAAGAAUUGACACCUCCAUCAAAGACUGUGUCAAAGAUAAGUAAUGGGUUUUUGUCGAAUUCGAGAGGGAGUAAGUCUGCAAAUGCUGGAGAAAAAAAGAAUGGUGGGUUGUUAAUGGCAAGGAAGAGUUAUGCAAAUGUUGAAGAAUUAAAAGGAUUGUCUUUCGCUGCAGCAAAUGCAAUUAAUGGGGAAAACAGAGCAAACAGAGGAGGUAGAGGAAUUGCUACUGGCAAAACUGUUCUGGGGUAUAGACAGUUUUGA